UUUAUAAAAAUAUAAUCGUAGUGAUCGAAAGUGCGGCACGCGAAAAGAAGAUGUUAAAGCCCAGGCUACAUUCAAGAAGACAAAACGGAGUCGCGUUCCCACUUGUUUUGAAGCCAGUCUCAGCCAAGGGAAUGUAACAAAUAAAAUUGCGAAGAGUUUUGAACGCAACUCGCAUUAGACGAAGGAGUUGCCCUCUCUGAACAGCAUCAAAUUUAUGAUCACCAGAUACUGGAAAGAUUUUAAAGCUCGGCUUUCAAGCUGCUAAUGCGUAAUGUUAAUUUAAAGCGAGAUGCAGCCGUUAUGAAUAGCCGUUAUGAAUUAGGAGUAACUUCGCUGUGAAGAAAUUGCUCUGGGCUCUAAUUAUCCACGAAUGGACCUGGUCACUGUCGGCUGAGACAUCAUUUACAAAUCCGUGGUGAGACUGAGGCGGGACCGCCAGGAUGGUGGAGCGGUCGGACCGAGCCCCUUUGCUGGACUGGGAAGAGGUUCCGUCCGCGGAGAAGCCCGGAGGUACUUCUCCGACGAAGGAGCGACUGUCGAGCCCCUCCAACAGCCGUGCCUUAGGAUGCUCCGCGCCCGGGUUUGGGUGGAGCAGCGGACCGGGGGGUCCCAUUGCCAGCAGGUCUGUCUCCAACGCAGACGGCUGCAGCGCCCCGCCCGCGACCUCCAGCGAUCUGGCGGGUACAGACGAAGCGCUGCCACCCAACAAGGAGGAGCAUCUCUCGGAUACAGGACCGAGGGAGGUGUCGCUAGAAGACAGGAUGGUGAAAUGGGAGGAAAAGGACCAGAUAGUGUCGGUAUUUGUGGUUACAUUCAAUACCAGAUCAGGAAACAUGCUGGAGUGGUGUCUGCCCAAAGACAUGGACCUGGAGGGAGUGGAGUUCAAAGCCAUUGCCAGCGGCUCCCACCGAGUCAGCACAGACUUCAUCUACUUCCGUAAGGGCUGCUACUUUGGCCUCGCCUGCUUUGCCAACAUGGCAGUGGAGAGCACGGUGGAGAGGGGGGCAAGGAUGAAGUCGGUUGGGAUCCUAUCUCCCUCCUACACCCUGCUCUACCGCUACAUGAGCUUCCUGGAGCACCAGGUCAGGCUCCAGCUUCAGUCCCCGGGCCACUACUCUCCCCUUGAGGCCUUCUAUGAGGACAAGAGAGCACUUCUGCCCCCUAGUGGAGACGGUGUUGUCACUGCAUUACCAGCCAACGCUUGGAGUGCAGCAAUCAACCACAGCAUGCACCCCGAGAUGAAGAUCACCCACCCGGCCGGCUGCAUGUCCCACUUCAUCCGCUUCUUCGGAGAGCAGAUCAUGGUACUGUGGAAACUGGCUCUCCUCCGCCGACGCAUCCUCAUCUUCUCUCCUCCACCCGUGGGUGUGGUCUGCUACAGAGUGUACUGCUGCUGUUGCCUGGCAAACAUCUCUAUCCCCGGGGUGGGCGUGGCCGUGCCCGAGUUCCGGCCCUUCUUCUACGUUAAUGUGGCUGAUAUCAGCGCCCUGGAGAACGAGCUUUCCUAUGUCGCGUGCACCACUGAGAAGAUCUUUGAGGAGAAGAAGGAUCUGUACGACGUGUACGUAGAUAACCAGAAUGUAAAGACCUACAGAGACGGCCUGAAGCCGCUGCUCCGCCUCAGCACAGCCGACAGGGAAAAGUAUCGUAAGCUCACCGAGCAGAGACAGAUGCUGCUGUACUCCCAGGAGGAGAAUGGAGACUGUGUGUCCAGUGAAGAGGAUCUCUUUAUUCUGUUUUUCCUGGAACAGAACAACAGGAUUUUCCAGACGCUGAGCGAGGUGGCAGGAAGCCCCGACCCCACCGUAACCCAGGAGAGCGUGAGGGCCAUGGGCCUGGAUCCGCACGGAGACAGGCUCUUCCUGCUCCACCUUCUGGAGAUCUACGGCUACGACACCCUGCUGGUGUCAGAGCAGCUGUGCUGCAGCUGAGAGUCGCCGCUGCUGGUUUUUAAAGGUGGGCUGAUUUGCCUCGAGCCAACUGAGAGUGCUGCACUUCAUGGAGUCUUCAGGACAGUUUGAGUGUCCAGAAACGUCUCUGGAGCAUUUGUUUCGUUUUGUUUUCUAUGUCCACCUGCUUCUUUUGUUUGCUGUAGUUGUGCUCCUUCAUAACCCUGCCUGUUGGCAGGCUCAACAAUAAGUCAGCUGCUGUGCUACAAAUGAAAGUAACGUAGUUAGUUUUACUCAGCGCAGCUUCACAGAGGCGAUAAAGUCACUGUUUGAAUUUCUCAAACUCGGCUGAGGAAAGAGAUGCGUCGUUUGAACACCGUAGGGAGCCUCUCCUAACCCAGGAUCGAUGAUAUAACUGAUGCUAAACUGGAACAAACAGAACUGGGGCAUCUAGCGGAAGAUGAAGACAGAGAGAUGGAAACUUUUAUUCAAACUUGUUCUGAAAAUUAAUGUAUCUAAGUGAAAGAGUUAGGGUUGUUGUGUAAAAUCUCGAUUUUUCCUUUAUGUGUCAUAUGUCCAUGUGUGACUGGAGGGCCAAAUUUCAGCCCACUGUUGCUCUCCUUGUAUCAAUUGCUGGAUUUAAACAUCCAAUUAAGAAGCCUUUAUGUCGAUAUCAGGGCCUCCUUUUUUGUAUCCUCACUAACAGGUCAAACUGCCUUCCUCUUAAGUCUGUAAGCAUCAGUGUUUAAGUGGCAUUUAAAGCAGCUAAUGGAAGAUGUUGCUGAGUAAUUCCAUUUACAUCCCCCAGGCAAAGCUAAGACUACAGAUCAUUUGUCUCCAUGCACACAGAGGAGUGUUGAAAUGGCUUGUUUGCACCCAAAGUCUCUUUCAUUUUUCAUUUUAAUUUACAAUCUCCAGUGUCAAGAGAAAGUAAGGAAGAGAAUGAACUCACUAUAUAUUUUCACCUCCAGCAAGUCAGGGGUGAGUGCUUUAGCUUUUUAUUGCCUCAAUUUCUGGAUGCUGAAUAUGGAGCUGACAGGCAGGAGGAAAAGAAGAAGACCACAGAGAAGAUUUAUGCAGAGGGUUGUUGUGACAAGAGGAUGCUAGAGAUAGGGUGAGAUGGAGGCAGACGAUUCGCUGUGGCGACUCCUAAAGAGAGCAGCCGAAAGAAGAUGAUACUGUGAAAUACUGAGGUUUAGCCUGCACGUUUCCAUGAGUCAGGUACAACUGCCGUCAAACACUACAGCCAAUGUGUGAGGAAGUUUCUUUAUUGUCAUCACCACAUGACCCCUUCAUGGACAUGCAGUCAGACAGGAACAUUUUUAUUCAUCAUCUCAGUGACUGAAACACACCGUACAGUAAAUGAACCUGGUGCUUUUGGUUUCUAUGUGCUGCAGACGUGACAGGAUGUAAACAUUCCUUUUCCAGUUCUUUUCUUGUUUUUGUUGCUUAGCUGUAAACUGUUGAGUGUAAAUAUCCACUUACUGUAAUAAUAUGUGAAGAAAUGGGAUCAGCUGAAUGUGUUUUAUAAGGCGAUCGUGAUCCCGCAGAGCCUCCAUGUGUCACUGGAACUCUUUGCAAUCGUGCGUUCUACUGUCUGCUGUAAGAAAAUAACCUUGAGCACAUUUUCUCUCCACUUGGCACCUUAGCACUUGUACAGAGCUGAAGCAAAUGCAUUUGUAGUUGAAGGGAUAGUCUGACUCACGUUAAAACACCUUCACUUUAUUUAUUUUACUGUAAACCAUUUCUGAAAUAAAGUGCACAACACAUUUAAAGACA